CUCCGGGGCGGGCAGCUAGUGGCGUGUCGUGGCGCUGAGCGUGGUGGCCGCGGCUCUUGGUGGGGGUUCUGGUGCGAGACGAGACGUCGUCUUCUCCGAAAGCUCUCGGGAGAGGGAACGGAAAGGGCAUAGAGACUUUCCCUGGGUUGCACAGCCACCCCUGAGUGGGCCGGGCCAGGGAGCCAGGCUUCCUGGUUCCGCCGGAAUUAGCGCCUCUCCCGUUCUCCGAGCACCUGUAGCCCUUUGCACUUCCCUUCGUUCUUUUCCGAAGAACCGUUCAGUGCUGGGGGCUGGGGACGUCGAGGUGUAUAGGACACAGUCUCUGCCCGAGGGGAGCCUCAGCCGUUAGUGCGCUUUUGCGGGGUGGCGGGCACUCAAGGAAAUUCGCAGGGGGAUGAAUUAAGACAGGGGGUUAUGAAUUUGGUGGGCCCUUAAUGCUUUCUGACUUUGUGCAGUCUUUACUGCAGUUGCAGUCCCCGUCUGGCCAGCAUUUUGCACAUGACAGGCCAGUACGAGGCUCUUUCGCCUUCACACAGUUACCCACUUAAUCCUCACGACAGCCUUCAAAGGGUUAUCGUUUGUUUAUGUGACUUAGUCUCAGGUUCUAACUUGAAAGCUCCCCAAGGGCUGGGUUGUUUGUCCCUUUCAUCCUUGUCUCCCUUAGCCCAGGAGGUACACUAUUGGAGCUUCAAACAUUUUUUAAUAUUGGGAGAAGGUGAGCUUUACUGGGUGGGAAGUUUUAACUAGGUUUGUUUGGCAAGGCAUUUCCAGGGGUUUGGAAAAUUAAAUGGAGUUACCUCCCCCAUUUUUGUUUUGUUUUGUUUGGAAUAAACAUUUACUGAAUACCUAAACAGUGUUAGCUUGUCUGCUCAAGGGAAGAAUAAGGAACAAGACCUGCUUUUGAUAGUAAAGUAAAUAUGCUUAACACUCCUUGUAUCUGGAGUCCAGUAUGCCCUGGUUUGGGAAAGGAAAAGCAAUAAUCCGUUACAGGUGCAUAGCACUCAGCCCCUCUGAGUCCCUUCCUGCUCUGAACGAUGGGAAUAGUAAUAGUACUUAGGGGGCUGUUGGGAUUCAGUGAGUUUGAAUAGGCUAUCCUGUAACAGUAGUUGGCAAUUUUGACUACAUGUUGAAAUCACCUGAGUCCUGCUCCAGAAUUUCUGAUGUAAUUGCAGACCGUGACAUUUUCUGAGCCUAAAGAUAAAUGCACCCCCGUUUUUGAUCAACAUAGUUAUGGAUUGACUGUUUCUUUCUCCUUAUUAUACUCUUUUAAAAAACUGCUCCCCUAAGAAAUGGCAGAAGCAGUUUUCCGUGCCCCAAAGCGGAAAAGAAGAGUGUAUGAGAGUUAUGAGUCUCCACUGCCCAUCCCUUUUGGUCAGGACUGUGGGCCUAAGCAAGACUUCAAGGUAUUCACAGCAGAGAUGAUAAACAACAAUGUAAUUGUGAGGAACGCAGAAGAUAUGGAGCAGCUCUAUGGGAAAGGUUAUUUUGGAAAAGGUGUCCUGUCUAGAAGCCGUCCAAACUUCACAAUUUCAGAUCCUAAGCUCGUUGUUAAGUGGAAAGAUAUGAAGACAGACAUGCCUAUAAUCACGUCAAAAAAGUAUCAGCAUAGUGUAGAAUGGGCCGCAGAGCUCAUGCGAAGACAGGGGCAGGAGGAGGGUACAGUGCAGAGAAUCCUCCGGGAUUACACAAAACCACUUGAGCAUCCUGGUGUAAGAAGGAAUGAAGAAGUUCAAUGGCAUGAUGAGCUGAACUCUGAAACGGUUUCCAAAAUGGAAAGUGCCGCAGAUAGAGAGGAACUUUCUGUGAUGAAUGGAGACGCAGGAAAGUCAUUUGACACGGAGGGUCCCAGCAAGCCAUCAGACCGCCUGCAGGAGGGUGCUGGGCCUGAGCCACUCCCUCCAAACGGCUUGGAUGAACCUGUGGUAGAGGUUGCCACCCUCCAGCACCGCCCCCUGUCCCGAGUUCCUUGUGGCAAAGCAGAUGUUCUCCUCCCCCUGCCUGACACUCAGCCUGGGGCCAGGAGCCAGCAAGCGGGUCUCCUCUGUGCCAGAGAGAGGGGGCCUGGUGAUGAGUACGUGCUGGUGGAGGAAGAUGUGUAUGAUGUGAGUGAGAAGGAAUGUGCCCCAAGUGAAGAGUUGGCACCAAAAAAGAGAUUAGUAUGCAGGAGAAAUCCAUAUAGGAUCUUGGAGUAUUUGCAACUUAGCCUAGAAGAGGCGUUUUUCCUGGCCUAUGCUCUGGGAUGUCUGAGUAUUUACUAUGAGAAGGAGCCUUUAACAGUCAUGAAGCUCUGGAAAGCUUUCACUGUAGUUCAGCCCACAUUCAGGACUACGUACAUGGCAUACCAUUACUUCCGGAGCAAGGGCUGGGUGCCCAAAGUGGGACUUAAGUAUGGAACAGAUUUACUGUUGUAUCGAAAAGGCCCUCCAUUUUACCAUGCAAGUUACUCCGUCAUUGUCGAAUUAGUCGAUGACCAUUUUGAGGGCUCUCUUCGCAGACCUUUCAGUUGGAGGUCACUGGCUGCCUUGAGCAGAGUUUCAGUUAACGUCUCCAAGGAAUUGAUGCUGUGCUAUUUGAUUAAACCCUCUACCAUGACUGACAAAGAGAUGGAGUCACCAGAAUGUAUGAAACGAAUUAAAGUUCAGGAGGUGAUUCUGAGCCGUUGGGUUUCUUCACGAGAGAGGAGUGACCAAGACGAACUUUAACAAUCCAACCUCAGAAUUCUGAUUUACCAACACAUACCGUGAGUCUCCUGCAGUAAGCCAAGUUCAGUGUGAGGUAGAGCCCUCUUAUUAUAACCGCCCGAUUAUUGAGAAGUUUUAAAGGGCAUAACAGUCCCAGCACCAAAAAGCGGUUAGCAUUUUACAAGAUAAAAUUACGGAGGGGAGAAAAAAGAGCCCCAUCCUGGCCUUCACAUUCUGUCCUUGGGUCAGUCACUGACUCCCAACUGGUGCUGAGCUGCUCGUCUGUGGGCUUGUGUCCUCCCCCAUUCAGUAAGCAGGUCAGACUAGAUAAGUCCCACGAGGACUCUUGCAGCAACGGGAAUUCUGUUACUCUCUGAUUUUACCUGAGAAUGACAGUAGUUUACGUUUAUAUCCCAGUACAGUUUCCCAAACACUGUGUAUGCACGCAUCUCUUGUUACUCACCUCCAGUCUCUUUCUGAGAGUGCUGAAGAGGAAAUUUGGGAAUUGUAAACCCAUAUGUCCCAUUAUGUUAAAUUGAACAAAUAAUGUGUCUCACCUUAUCUAAGAACUUGAACCAACUACUCAAAUGCUUAAAAAUCUGUUUAAUAUUUGUCAAGGAUUUCUGUGUCAUAAAGGCUUUAAAACCUAAUCUUUAACUCUCAGUGAACUCACUGAUGGACAUGUUUGUGUAUAGUACACAGCAGUAUUGUACAGUAUUAGAAAAAAUUGCAUCUUGCUUCAGUGAACUUGUUAUAAAAUUUAAAAAUGCUGUGAAAUAAUGUAUGGAGGUACAUAAUGAAUGCAAUUAGUGUAAAACACAAUAAACCGA